AUGGCCCUGGUAAUCCUGUUGGGUAUGCUGCUGCCAGGGUGCUCUGAGCUCUCCAAGUCGAAAAAGGGCUACGGAGUCAAGUGCUCACACCACAAUGAGUGUUUCAGCAACUGCUGCCUCAUGGACUUGGACUCUAGCCGAAACUUCUGUGCCCACAAAGCCAGAUUCAACAAGGUGUGCCUGCCCCAGACCAAAGGAGCCUACAAUCUCAUCUGCCCUUGCCAAGUGGGCUUGAACUGCAUAUCCAGGGACCCGAUGUGUCCACGCCGGUGCCAAAUCAUUUAG